AUGUCUAAUGCCAUUUCUGCCAACCAAGCUUCUAUCAUUGCCAUUCAAAACUUGUUGGUCUCUCACGGUAUCUCUGGUGCAUCUCCCUCUUCAAAAACUGUCGUUUCUUCUACUUCUCCACUUAACUCCUCUUAUUCUAACAACUCUGCUGUAAAAGCUCAUGCUGACUCUGUCUCAGAUGAGGAUUUAAUUAGCACGCUUCUCAAAUCUCACAAGUAA